AAAAGGGUUGGGGGACACCUGUUAAGAAAUUAUAUGAAAGGCCAUCGUGUAGAAGCACUCUGUUUUGUUAUGGGCAAAACCAAAAUCAGUAGCGGUGAGCGGGACACAAAUGGUGCGACGACGGACCAGACAAAGCUUGCGAAAUCGGUAUCUGACAAAUCUUCCAUUUCAUAUCCAUUGAUGACGAUGAUUCCACCUCCUCCUCUAUCCCAUUUCUCUUAAACUAUUCACUAAAUUACUAUUAUCCUUCCCCCACCUUUCAAUCUUGUUUUAGUCAAUAACAAGGCGCGAUGAUGCAUACCUGUCGGUUCUUACGAAUUCCAUCGUUUCAUCCCAAUGCUCUAUGCUUCUUCUCUCAAACUCCUCAUCUUCUUUCUCUCAAACCUGUUUCCUCAAUUCCCCUUAGGAAUUUCAGUUCUCAAAUGGGGUCAUCGCCAUCUUCUUCCUUCUCUAAGCUCUUGUUUCGUCAGUUGUUCGAGAAGGAUUCUUCCACUUAUACUUAUCUUCUCGCUGAUGUUUCUCAUCCUGAUAAACCAGCGCUUUUGAUUGACCCGGUUGACAAGACUGUAGAUAGGGAUCUAAAUCUUGUAAGGGAAUUGGGCCUGAAGCUUGUAUAUGCUAUGAAUACUCAUGUUCAUGCUGAUCAUGUCACUGGGACUGGACUCAUUAAGAGUAAAUUUCCAGGAGCUAAAUCUGUUAUCUCGAGAGCAAGUGGCUCCAAAGCUGAUGUGUUGAUUGAACCUGGCGAUAGAAUUUCUAUUGGUGAUCUAUUCCUGGAGGUUCGUGCAACUCCGGGACAUACAUCAGGAUGUGUCACCUAUGUAACAGGGGAUGAACCUGAUCAGCCUUAUCCUAGGAUGGCAUUCACUGGGGAUACUCUGUUGAUACGUGGAUGUGGGAGGACAGAUUUUCAGGGUGGAAGUUCGAAGCAGCUCUAUGAAUCUGUCCAUUCACAGAUUUUCACUCUGCCAAAGGAUACACUGAUCUAUCCAGCUCAUGAUUACAAGGGAUUUAGUGUUAGUACUGUAGGUGAAGAAAUGGCAUACAAUCCUCGGCUUACCAAGGAUCUGGAAGAAUUCAAGAAAAUCAUGGAAAAUUUGAACUUGGCUUAUCCAAAGAUGAUGGACAUAGCAGUUCCAGCAAAUUUGGUGUGUGGAUUGCAAGAUCCAGCUUGUUAGCUCUCUUAGUCAUCCAUGUGAUUCAUUGUGUAUAAUUGGCCUAUCUUACUAUAAAAUCGAAAUGAGAUAAAAAUAAAGAUCAAUCGGAGCUAUAGGCUGAGAGGUGCGACUGUGAGUUCCACAAACAAAAAUAAUAAUAUAUGUACAAAUGACAUUAUAUAUUAGCCUUCUGGUAUGCCUGCCUUGGGAUUGCAAAA